AUGAGCGACGACCAGGAUCAAGGACGCGCACAAUAUCCCUGGUCGAACCCUCAGCUCAACUCUCAGAACGCAUUGCACGGGCUCUCCGUCAACCCAGACGUUUCGCGCUCGCAACGACCCCCAAAUCAACAAAGAUACGACACUCGAAGCCCAUACUCGGCACCCGCAGGGAACCCUGGUCGUCUGCCAGAACGGCCAAAUCUACCAACGAGAUCUUCGACGGUGGGGACGCCGGAUCCUGAUCGCAAUCAGAACGCAGACGACUUGGUCCCUCAUGCAAAGAGCGAGGAUUUGAACCAUGGAUACUAUGGCGCACCUUUGCCGGGAUCAUCACCCACCCAAGACAGUAACUAUCUCUCUGCUAACUCUAGAAGUCGUCCAUCGACACCUGGUUCCUCUUCUAACCGAAAUAACCCCUCUUCCUCCUCUGGUCACUCCGACGAGUCAGACAGACGUCUGAGCGUGACUUCAUUCUCUUCUGCCCAGUCCGGUUCAUCUUCCCAGUCCGGUGGUACUCGUGCUCCCCCUACUACAGCUUCUUCUACAUCCGCUUCCGUCUCUGCGUCUGCCAUAGCUUCGUCAGCAUGUGCAUCGUGCGGGAAGCCUAUGUCAGGGUCGUUCGUUCGGGCAUUAGGUACUGUGUUUCAUUUGGACUGCUUCAAGUGCAUGGACUGCGGAGAAGUUGUUGCCAAUAAAUUCUUCCCUUUCGAGGGGUCCGAAGGCAGUCAACAACCGCUAUGCGAGCGAGAUUACUUCCGUCGGCUCAACCUCAUAUGUGCAAAGUGCAACAUGGCCCUAAGAGGGAGUUACAUUACGGCUUGCAACUCCUACUACGAACACGAUGGCAACGUUUACUGCCACUUCCACUAUUCGACUCGAUUUGCGACGAAAUGCGCCGGGUGCAGUAGCGCCAUUCUCAAACAAUUCGUGGAGAUAAAUCGUAACUCUCGUGACGAGUGCUGGCAUCCAGAGUGUUAUAUGAUUAACAAAUUUUGGAAUGUCAAAGUCUCCUCUCGUCGACCGACAAGUACAACUUCGGUGGACACUGCUACGGCAUUGUCUUUCACAGACGAUGAACAACGCGAUACGCCCUCAUCUCUCAAAGAGAGGCAAAUUCGAAUGGAGCAACAAGUGUAUCGGAUAUGGACCGUAUUAUCUGCCUUCGAAGAGUCAAGCGCUGCUUGCAUCUCAGAUAUGCUUCGCCAAGUCAGCAACGGGCAAUAUCUAGACGCUAUCCGGAUGGCCGAGAAAUUUAUCCUUCACGUCGAGGUCCUCUUCGCGACGAUUGACGACCUCGAGUACCAUUUCUUGCGACUUAACCAGAAAGGGAUGUCUCAUGUUCGAGAGGCCAGGAUGCUAUGUCGGAAGACUGUCGAACUUUUUACUCUUCUAUCCCAUACUCAGGAAACUGGAGCCCGCAGAAUGGGCAUGACGCAAGAGCUUCUGGCCCUUGUUACCGGUUUGGCCCACUAUCUCAAGAUCCUCAUCCGGAUUGCCCUUACGGGUGCAUUAAAGCUGGAGCGGGAACAAAGUGUCAACGAAGCCAUGUCCGGUUUCUUGGAUAAGCUCCACCUUUUAGCCGUCCAGGGAGGGAACCCUUCAGCGAGAAGACUUCUCAAAGGCUCUAAUGGAGAACUCCUCCAUUCGAACGGUGGCAACAUUGGAACACAAGGCGUUGCGUAUGGAUUUAGAAGUUUGGCGCCGGAGAAUGCUGGAGAAUCGCCGUUUUCUAACACCGGUGCAUCGAAGCUUUCACCAACGAAUCCGCCAUCCGAUCUUUGCGUCAAAUGUGGAGUUACGGUCGAGGAGGAUUGCGUGCGCUUGGGCACGUAUCAGCGAUGGCAUUCAAAUUGCGUCUCAUGUGCAACGUGUGGCAAAGUGGCAGCCGCGCCAAUAGUCAAGGAGCCCAAAGGUUCCGAUGAGAAAGACAAGGACGGCCAACCUCCGAAAUUGUCGACAGCCCGGCGCCCGCCAGCGAACGUUGGUGCCUUCGUAUUCGAUCCGGCGUCCAUGAUGGAAACUACGUCUUUUGGCGACGUCCCGACAACUAUUUACUGCACCGAUCAUGCUCAGCCCAAUUGCCGGGGUGGCUUCCAAGCCGUACAGCGCCUGGAGCAGUACGCAUUCCUCCUCAACGUCGCCCUCCGGCGCCUGUAUCUGCUACUGAAGAAGCAAGGUGUAGUGCCGUUAUCACCAGUCACCAAUCAUGCCUCUCCGUACAGCGACACCACGGAGGGUUCUGAUCCUUAUCGCAAUAACAAUGACAUCAUGCGAAUGAAGUCUGUUCAUUUGGAUCGAAAGCUCUCUGCGACCGCCCACCUUCCUAAGCGUUCUACCAUCGUCGAGAGUCCGGCGGGCCGAACUGCCCAUCCGCAUGAUGUGCUGAAGCCUCAAAAGUCUCAGGAAUUGGGUGUCGCUCAGUCACAGCGGUCUGCCGCAAACAUUCCUGCUGCUCAUCACGGCUCGCAAGGGCAAGUCCACCACCACCACCAUGCACUUCAACCUGGAGGUCGCUCGCCUCAACUUACGAGCCAGCCAGCACCUGGGUCCACGCAGUCUGCACGGCCGCAGCUGGGCCGUUUGCCUAUUGACAGUACUCAAGGUGGACAGGUUCUACGCCCUUCUUUCGCACGCAAUAACACCGAAGUCAUGAUCGUGGAUGACAGCACUCCAAAUUCCCCGGCUGGAGGGGCGGAAGAUGCCUUGCUCACGUCUGUGCCAGACGAUGGUAUAACCUUGGCAGACAUCCCUCAAAUCAUGGAAAGAGCUCAAGCUCGAGAGCAACAUCGACCGAGACAGCACGCAGUACCCUUCGUCGCGGACCUAAACGCGCUGGAGUUGACUAUUGUCAAGCAUGCCGCCGUGCUUGCCCUUAGCCGUUCACCCUUGAAGGAUCAAUUCGACCUCGAUGACAUUUUAGAGUCGCUGGAGAACAAAAAGGGUGGCUUUUGGAAUAAGUUCCUAUUCAAGGCCAAUGACAAGAAGAUAAAGAAGAAAGGCGUUUUCGGUGUCCCUCUUGAGCUUCUGGUAGAACGGGAAGGUGCUGAUUCGCUGCUUGGUGCGUCGCGGGCUACGCUACGGGUGCCGAGCUUCAUCGACGAUGUAAUCUCGGCUAUGCGUCAAAUGGACAUGUCCGUCGAGGGAAUCUUCCGAAAGAAUGGCAAUAUCCGACAUCUCAAGGACCUCACAGAGGCUAUAGAUCGUGACCCAUCGUCGGUUGACCUAAGCUCAGAUCAUCCGGUCCAACUGGCGGCGCUCCUCAAAAAGUUCCUCCGUGACCUCCCCGAUCCUCUUCUAACUUUCAAGCUGCAUAGGCUACUCGUCGUUACUCAAACCCUUCCACAAGAAGCCGACAGGCGACGGUAUCUACACCUGGUUUCGUUACUUCUUCCCAAGAGCCACCGGGACACUAUGGAGGUUCUGUUCGUAUUUCUCAAAUGGGUUGCCUCCUUCGCCCACAUGGACGAGGAGACGGGGAGUAAAAUGGAUCUUGGGAACUUGGCGACCGUCAUUUGCCCCAGUAUUCUUUAUCCCCGAGGACGCGAUCCUCGGGAUGAGAGUUUCGGACCUUUUGGUGCCAUUCGCGUGGUGACCGCCCUACUCGAAGACCAGGAUCUAUUCCUCACGGUUCCCGAAGACUUCCUGGACAUUAUCAACGACAAAGAGUACUUCGCCAGCGCAGUGGAUUUGCCAGGCAAAGACUUCAUGAGGAAGUGCGACACUUGGCUGCGGUCGAAAGGUCGCGCAGGGGCUAGCAAUGGGCCACCACAUAACCAACGUCCCCCUCCAGGCUCACCAUAUCCAGAGCGUCCCCCACUCGGUCAUUCAGUCAGUGAGCGUACCGCCCGCCCUCCCCCUCAUUCAGCGCCGCCGGGCACGCCGCAAGGCAAUGGAGCGUUGUAUCUCCCACCGUCUGCGUUGCAGAGCAUGUCACUAGCGCAAGCGCAAACACCUCCCCAGAGCCACGAAUGGAGACCGCCGUUGCCACCUUCCGACUCGAACAUCUCCCGAUCCCCCAUGUCUAGGCCAAGCUUUGAUCAAGCCAACAUGCUUCCACCCAAUACAAACGGGUACACACCGGCUGUGCAACAGCGUACAUGA